AUGGCUUCAAAAACGACCGAGUCCUCUUCCGCCGCUUCCAUGGACGUACUACUGUGCAAAUGGGGCGUGAUGUCUUUCAACAAUUUGGUCCAUGAUUAUGGCAUUAGGGCUGAAUGGAAUCCUGUGUUGCCGUCAAAAACCGACACCGCCUUUCCCCUGAAAGUAGGUAAAAUCACUUUGUUUAGUGAUUUUUUCAAGUUUUGCAACUUCCGGUUACCCAUCACCAAAUUUUUGAAAUUGGUGCUUGAUUUCUACCGCAUCCACAUUUCUCAAAUACAUCCUCUUGGCCUUGUGAAACUUCGACAAUUUGAGUAUGCCUGCGUAGCUCUUGGUCACAUCCCAGAACUGAUCGUCUUUAGGGCUUUCUUCGUACUUGUGUGGAAAUCCCCUUUCUUUACCUUUGAUCGUCGGGAUACCGAAGUAUCAUGUCUGAGGGAGAUCCCUACAAGUUCUAGAGACAAGGAUUGGAAGAAAAAAUUCUUCUACCUGGAUGCCAGUGCUAUUCCCGGGGAAAUGCAUUGGCAAGAUAAAGGACCGAAGGAUAAAGUGAAGGAUGAUGCUCCCCCUGCAGAUUCGUACGCGUCAAAUGCGCUGUAUGUAAAACUGUGUGGCCGCCCCUUUGAGUGCACUAUUAUUCCAGAAGGGGCGCUAGUGAUGGCCGGUAUGAGCCUGUUAUGGCCGGAUAUAAGGCGUUAUCCCUCAUUCCAACGGGAAGAUGGAGGGGAGUGGGGGAUGUUUGACUUUGUUGAUCCACCACGUCACCUGGCGUUGAAACCCAACGACCGGAGACUUGAUGAAGGGGAACCAGAUGUGUUGAAAGUGCAUCUGGAACAAUUUCUUCUACCGGCGAUGCCAACGGAUCCCUUGGAGUAUAUCGCUCCCUUGUCGGGUAUGGCGGCCGCUACUUCAGCAUCAUCAGAGAAGAAACCUAUUCGGCUAAAGCUGUCUGGGAGAAAACCUGCAGCAACCACUGUCAGCGUGCCCGUGAUGGAAGAGACGCCAAUCGCGAGUCGUGAAGUUUCCUUAGCUUCCGACCUGACCAGUCCUGGCCGUGCUUCAAAAAAGAGGAAAAUCUUUGUGGCACCUACGCUGAGCGCGUUUCAGGCGGUGCAAGCCGCAUGUGCAAUUUCACCAGGUAUUUUAUUUUAAAUAACCAUAUGGCAUACUAGUGUC